CUAGAGGGAAAAAGAGAGGCAUAGAGAGGGAGAGAGAUGGCCGACGAGGAGCCCAUAGUCGCCGGCCGGCGGAGGAGCAGAGGAGCUGAGGCAACGGCCCGCUCGGACGCCCUUCAGCGUCUAAAAGCCCUCCGCCGAGGCGGCCGGCGCUCCGAUGGCGUUGGAUUCCAGAUCAAGGUGGAAGAUCCAAUCUACGACACUGUCGACGAGGAUGAGUACGACAAACUCGUUGCCAAGCGCCGCGAAGAAUUCAGAGGGUUCAUAGUCGACGAUAAUGGCUCAGGGUACGGAGACGAAGGUCAAGAAGAGGACUGGUCCCUAGCGGGUGUCCCUCCAUCUUCCGAUGAAUCGGACGGCGAAGCGGAGAGGCCUAAGAAGAAGAAAACCGAAAAGAAGGACCCGCCUCCCAAAAAGCCCUCUCCGCUUUCUGCUGCGGCGGCUAUGAUGGGGAAGCAACGGCUUUCUUCCAUGUUCACUUCUUCAGUUUUCAAGAAAAGUAGGGAUGAUAAAGUUAAGGGACUGUCGUGUGAUAGUAUAGUGGAUGAUGUGAUUGCUGAAUUUGCUCCUGAUGAGGCUGAUAGAGAGAGGCGUCGGAGGGGACAAUCGGGGUUGGUGUCUGGUGGGAGGAAUUUUGUUCCGGGUACCACCAUUAAGAUGGAGAUAUCACCGAUUUCGAUUAGGCCUGAGCCUACCAAGGUCACUAUAGCAGAUGGUGAUUCCGUGUCAAGUUCAAUGCAAAACGGCAAUAUGGUUGAGGGAAAGGGUGUAGUUAAAGAAUCCAAAGAUGCAAAUGAUUUGAAUUGUGGUUUGGGUGAUAGAAGAGAUUUUCUGGAAGAAACCAAAGAUGGUAAAGAUUUGAAUUCGAAAAUGGAUGCAGAGUCAAUUGUCCAAUCACAUGAUCCUUUAACUAAGGUAGAUGCAGUUGAGGAGACUGUGCCAGAUGCGGUUGAGGAUAAAUCAGAGCAGGCUGUGAAGAGAAAGGAGGAUCAUUCACUCAAUGCAAAAAUUAAAGAGGAGAAAGACCUGACAUUGAGUGCCGCCACUGCCGGGUGGCAGGCAGUAAGGAAUGGAGGCAAUCCUAGUGCUGGUUAUGAGGGAGAGGUGGUUAAUCCUAGUUUGAAUUGUGAGGAGAAGGCAGAUUUUUUGCUGGAUUCAGAUGGGUCACUGCCUUUCUACAUACUUGAUGCCCACGAGGAAUUUUAUGGUGCUAAUAUGGGCAACCUCUAUCUAUUUGGGAAGGUUAAAGCAGGAAGUGCAUAUCAUAGCUGCUGUGUGGUGGUAAAGAACAUGGAGAGAUGUGUCUAUGCAAUCCCAAAUGAUUCGGUGUUUGGCAAUGAUGAAAUCAUGAGGCUUGAGAAAGAUGUCGAAGCCUCUCGGGUUUCUCCUGCAGCUUUGAGGACAAAAUUGCAAGACGUGGCAUCAGGAUUAAAGAAUGAAAUAGCAAAACAGUUGUUAAAUCUCAAUGUUUCAACUUUUAGCAUGACGCCAGUUAAGAGGAGUUAUGCAUUUGAGCGAGCUGAUAUACCUGUCGGGGAGAAUUAUGUCCUAAAGAUUAAUUACCCAUUUAAGGACCCACCACUUCCAGCAGAUCUCAAAGGAGAGGCAUUUUGUGCUCUGCUUGGAACUCAUUGCAGUGCUUUAGAGCUUUUUCUCAUCAAAAGGAAGAUUAUGGGACCUUCCUGGCUCUCAAUUUCAAAAUUUUCCAGUUGUCCGGCUCCUGAACGGGUGAGCUGGUGCAAAUUUGAGGUUACUGUUGAUUGUCCAAAGGACAUACGGAUUUUAAAGAACAUAGCAGAGAUUCCACCAGUGGUUGUAACAGCUAUCAAUUUGAAAACUAUCAUCAAUGAAAAACAGAAUGUAAAUGAAAUUGUGUCUGCAUCUGUCAUCUGCUGUCAUAAGGUCAAGAUUGAUUCCCCCAUGUUACCCUCAGAAUGGAAGAGGCCUGGUGUGCUCAGCCAUUUUACUGUUGUACGCAAACUUGAUGGAGGCAUAUUCCCAAUGGGGUUCACUAAAGAGGCUUCAGAUAGAAACUCUAAGGCUGGAGCAAAUGUUCUAUGCUCUGAAAUCAGUGAAAGAGCUCUUUUAAACCGUCUGAUGAUUGAGCUGUACAAAUUGGAUAGCGAUGUUCUUGUUGGUCAUAAUAUUUCUGGGUUUGAUCUGGAUGUUCUUCUCCACAGAGCUGAGGCUUGCAAAGUUCCCAUGUGGUCCAAGAUAGGUCGUCUCAAGCGUCGGGUGAUGCCUAAGCUUACCAGAGGAAGCACCAUUUUUGGUUCCGGAGCAAGCCCAGGGAUCAUGUCUUGCAUUGCUGGUCGGCUCUUAUGUGAUACUUAUCUGUGUUCCCGUGACCUAUUAAAAGAAGUCAGUUAUUCUUUGACACAACUUGCAAAGACUCAGCUGAACAAAGAUCGGAAGGAGAUUGCUCCACAAGAUGUUUCUAGAAUGUUUCAAACAUCGGAAUCCCUUGUGCAACUUAUUGAAUAUGGUGAAACAGAUGCAUGGUUAUCCAUGGAACUUAUGUUUCAUUUGAGUGUUCUUCCUCUUACACGUUUUCUGACUAAUAUCAGUGGUAAUCUCUGGGGAAAGACUCUCCAAGGUGCUAGGGCACAGAGAGUAGAAUAUCUUCUAUUGCAUGAGUUCCAUGCAAAGAAGUAUAUUGUCCCAGAUAAGAUUUCUUCUCAUUUGAGGGAAACAAAAUGGACAAAACGAAAAAUGAAUCAAGGUGGUGCUGAGGACAGAAAUAUUGAUGAACUGGAUGUUGAUGAUGCACAUGUUGAGAAUGAUGCUCAUCAUAACAAUCAAGGAAAAGGAAAAAAAGGUCCAGCCUACUCCGGUGGAUUGGUUUUGGAACCAAAGAGAGGCUUGUAUGACAAGUAUAUAUUACUUUUGGACUUCAAUAGCCUUUACCCUUCAAUCAUUCAGGAAUACAAUAUCUGCUUCACAACAGUUGAAAGAUCUCCAGAUGGAUCGGUUCCUCGUUUACCAUCUAGUAAAACGACUGGGGUUUUACCUGAGUUGUUGAAAAAAUUAGUUCAGAGGAGGAGAAACGUAAAGUCUAGGUUAAAGACAGCAUCUGGUCUCAAUCUCCAGCAGCUUGACAUUCAGCAGCAGGCACUGAAACUCACUGCAAAUAGUAUGUAUGGAUGCCUGGGGUUUUCCAAUUCAAGAUUUUAUGCAAAGCCACUGGCAGAGCUUAUAACACUACAAGGAAGGGAGAUUUUGCAGAGUACUGUUGAUCUCGUUCAGAAUAAUCUAAACUUGGAGGUGAUAUAUGGUGAUACUGAUUCAAUUAUGAUUUAUACUGGGCUGGAUGAUAUUACAAAAGCCAAAGCAAUUGCAGGGAAAGUCAUUCAAGAGGUCAACAAAAAAUAUAGGUGUUUAGAAAUUGCUCUCGAUGGCUUGUACAAGAGAAUGCUGCUUCUCAAGAAAAAGAAAUAUGCAGCUGUCAAAUUACAGUUCAAAGAUGGUACACCAUAUGAGGUUAUUGAACGAAAGGGUCUUGAUAUGGUUCGUCGUGACUGGAGUUUACUAUCAAAGGAAUUGGGAGAUUUCAGCUUAAGUCAAAUCUUGUCUGGAGGGUCGUGUGAGGAUGUUGUUGAAUCAAUACACAACUCUCUCAUGAAGGUACAAGAGGACAUGAGGAAUGGAGAAGUAGCACUAGAGAAAUAUAUUAUCACUAAGUCAUUGACUAAAACCCCUGAAGCGUACCCAGACAAGAACCAACCACAUGUUCAAGUGGCACUACGAUUGAAGCAAAGUGGCUACUCAACUGGUUGCUCAGCUGGUGAUACAGUCCCUUAUAUUAUUUGCUGUGAGCAGGGGACUAGUUCAGGUAGUUCAACAGGGAUAGCACAGCGUGCUAGACAUCCUGAUGAAUUGAAAAGAGACAAUGGAAAAUGGAUGAUUGACAUUGAUUACUACUUGGCACAGCAGAUUCAUCCUGUGGUCUCUCGUCUAUGUGCUUCAAUUCAGGGUACAAGCCCAGCACGUUUGGCCGAUUGUUUAGGGCUUGACUCAUCCAAGUUCCAAAGUAAACCAAGUGAGGCCAUCAACAAUGAUUUUUCCAUCUCACUCUUGUCUGCAGAUGAGGAGAGAUAUAGAGGUUGUGAGCAUCUAAUCUUGUCUUGUCCAAGCUGCUUUGGUACUUUUGACUGCCCAACUUUGUUCAAUUCUGUGCAUACAUCAAUCACUGAAAAAUCAACACAAGUGCAAGUAGAGGAAUCCAACAAUUUCUGGCAAAGGUUACGUUGCCCUAAAUGCCCAGAGGAAGGUGAUGUGGGUAGAAUGUCUCCUGCAUUGAUAGCCAACCAGGUUAAGAGGCAAGCUGAUGGGUUCAUCUCAAUGUACUAUAAGGGUUCAAUGAUGUGUGAUGAUGAAACCUGCAAGCACACCACAGAUAGUCUCAACCUGCGGGUGAUUGGGGAUUCCGAGAGAGGAACGGUUUGUCCUAACUACCCUCGCUGUAAUGGCCGGCUUGUAAGAAAGUACACGGAAGCAGAUCUUUACAAGCAGCUUUCUUAUUUCUGCCACGUAUUGGAUACUGUUCGAUGCAUUGAGAAGAUGGAGGUGAGCACCAGGAUCCCAAUUGAGAAGGAGUUGGCAAGAAUUCGGCCGUUAGUUAACUUGGCAGCAUCAACAACUCAAAAGAUUAGGGACCGGUGCGCCUACGGAUGGGUGCAACUGGAUGACCUUACUGUGACAGUUUAAAUGGCUGAAAGCUCCCAGUAUGUUCAAAGCCGAUAUAGAGUCACAGACAUUACUUUUACCUUAAUUCUAUGUAAAUGGUGGAUAUACUUGUAUUAUCAACAGUGGGCAAUUUUUCUGGGUAAAAUAAAGAGUUAAAUUUCAUUUACUUGAUUCA